AUGGAUUAAUAAUUGAAGAUAUACUGUAAGAAACAUAAAAAAUAUCAGGCGAGAUAUUUCAAUGUUUCAGAAGAAGCAUUCUAGGAACUUAAGUGUGAAGAGUGUAUAACAGAAGAAAACAGUUCAUUAAAAGAUCAUCUUUCUAUAGAGAUUAUUAAUAUUUGUGAUGAUGAUUAAAUUUUUCCUAAUUGGCCACCAGUUAAUGAUAUAAAGCUUUUGAAAAAUAUAUCAUCAAUUAUGAUUAAAGAAAAUGAAACCUUAGAGGAACUAGACUUAUAGUUUCAAUAAAUGAUUGCAGAUAUUUUAAAAAUAAUUGAGGAAAUGAAGAAAAAAUGGUAUUCGUAUCUAACCAAUAAAAAUCAGCAAAAAGUAGAAAUAUUGAAUAGCUAUAAUGAGAUUUCUGGAAAGGAAAGACUGAAAUAAUUAAUUAAUUUCACUUAAUAAACAAUGGAGGAUCAGCUAAAUGACUUAAGGUUCAAAUUUAAUGAGCAUAUAGCAGAUUAAUUAAUAAUCGGUGUUCUUAAUGAAAAUAAUUUGUCACUUCCUCUCUCCAGUUCUUGUUAAGGAAAGGCUUUUGGGAAGAGUAAUUUGUUUUGCGGUGGUUAAGUAGUAAAAGGAAGUUACUUUUAGGAAAUUAAAAAAGAUUAGGUAAUUGAAAUGAGAAUAGAUAUCUAAAAUAAAAAAUUAUAGUUUUUAGACUAUCCUAAUUAUCAAAAUAUAAAUGAGCUUUAAGACUGUCAUAAUAAUUUAAAUUAGAAUAAUAAACAUAAUGAAAUUGAAGAGAUAAAUGAAGAAGAAGAACAUGAGGAAAAAGAUGAUAAAUAAGAUGCUGAAUAGAAUUAUGAUAAAGAAAUGGAAGAAUAAGAAUAAAUAGAAGAAAUUUAAUUUUGA